AUUCAUUAAUUCUGAAAAUUAUAUGUACACAAAAAAUAUUUUAAUACCUAAAAUAAUGGGUAAGGUAAAUUCUAAGAUAUAUACAUCGACGGUGUGUAUAUACCCUGUGAGUAACAGUUGGUAGGGGAUGGAGGGUGAGUGAGGCCCAGAGCCCCAGAAUGCCACAGUCAGCUGGAUAUGUGGCUGUAGGUAUGUUGUUGGUCUCUCUGGCUUGGACUGCCAGUUAUGACCAUAAUUUAAAUCAGCAGCUACAAUCACCAGGACUUGAGCUAUUACAAAACAAGUUAAAGACUAAUACAAUGUCGUCGAAGGAAUUAAUACCAUAUAAGCAGUAAAGUGGAUUAUACAAACCAGAAAAGGACACAGGUCUUCCCUACUAGUGUUUUUUCCAACUUUAAAGUGCUGGGAAAUCAUGAAGACAAUAGCAGUGAAGGCGGUGGUCCUGGGAUCUCAAGGAGUGGGCAAGACGUCGCUGGUGACUUGCUAUGAGACAAAGACCUUCCACAAGAACACCAGUUCCACCAUCGGCGCUUCCUUCAGCAACGUGGAGAUACUACUGAGUGAUACUAAGGUCAGGAUGCAGGUGUGGGAUACGGCUGGCCAGGAAAGAUUUCGUUCCAUGGCACCCAUGUACUAUAGAGGUGCUAAUGCUGCUUUUUUGGUGUUUGAUUUGACCAAGUAUGAAACAUUUACUGAUGUACAAUCCUGGGUUACUGAGUUAACUAGCCGUGUUGGUGAUGGAUUAAUGCUUGUAGUUGUGGGUAAUAAGAAGGAUCUUAGAGAUGACAGAGUGGUAAACAAGAUCACUGCCCAGGAAUAUGCCCAGUCCAUAGGAGCAUUCUUUGUUGAGACUUCAGCUCUUGACCCCUCAGGAGUGCAGGAUAUGUUUAACAUAGUGGCUACUGAGAUGGUUAAACAGGCAGAAAAUGAUGAGAACUCGACUCUUAGAAUAUAUUCAGCUGAUGGUAAAGAUGAAUGGAACCAAAGUGCAUCAUCAAACAUAAACUUAAAUGAAAAGCCUGUGCUGGAGAGAGACAGAUGUUGCUGACUUCUUAGUAGUGCCAUAAACAGCAGAACAUAUACCAAAAAAUAGUAUGAGUAAAUUCACUUACGAGGAGAAUGUCACAAAUAUCGUUAAUUUUCCAAAUUUAGUUACACAAUGUUUUUGCAAAAAAAAAAAAGUGCAAACAAUUUUUGCUUAAACGUUACUGUUAUGAAUGGCUGUGUAGCUGAUCAGUCUGUUAAGUACGACUAGAAUUUAGCUAACACUAUGCAUGGCAGAAAAUGAUAUUUGCAAUGCAAAGAUUCAUAACCCAGUCUUUCAUGUAUUGGAUUUGCAUAAUUUUGUGAAACAUCGGUUAAAAAUAAUUUUAAUUUUUCCUUUUAUUGUUAAUGUUAUUGUAUUGUAAAUAUUACACUGUAGAACUUUGUUUUUAAAUACAGUAUCAUGCUUAAGACCACUUGGGCUCAAUAAUUUGCAAUUUAACAUGUUUUAUAACUGAAUCACAGUUUUCAACUAAUCUUAGUUUCCAUAUAAAACAUAAAAAUGGUAAAAUAAAAUAUGUAUAUACCAUAAUUAAAAAAUGUACUGUAAUAUAAAACAUUUAAAUCUAUUGUUUUAUGCGCUGUAUAGCCCUUGUGGCUUAGCGCUUCUUUUUGAUUAUAAUAAUAAUAAUGUUUUAUGACAAGAUUAAUGCAUGUUACUGAAGUAGAAUAAACACCUUAAUAAAUUCUUAAACAACUUUAUAUAUUUUAUUUUAGUUGUAUGAGAAAACUAAAAAUUCAUAGUUUAAUUUUCUUUUAUAAUGCUACUGAAUGUCUUGUCACUUUGGAUUUAGUGUUUUUAUUAUUUUUAUGGUGAGUGUUGUACUGCAGGUGGAUGAGCAGAGGUGCCACUAAAGUGUUACGUACUCUACAAUAUACAAGAGUCCACAUCAGUCUGUUGCUAAUUUCAAAUUGUACUAGUUUUCAUGUGAUAAUUUGCAGAUGCCUCUUCUGAUCAACUUCAGCUUCAGUCCUUUAACACUGAUAAUGCAAGUUUUUUCUGAGUGACUUCGAACAUACAAGUGCUAGUGUAUUUUUCUAAAAGGAAGGUUCGUAUUGUUAGGCUGUGUCAACUCUAAUUUGACUAUUUUAUUCAAAUAAUGAUUUUUUUUUACUUUAAUUUACUAAUUAUGAUAUUGGUCUGUAUAGCAACUAAAAUGCCUUCUCUGACAAGCUUUAAACUUUCAAAACUGGAUUAUCUUAUUGUAAUUAAAGGAAGGUUUGGAUUGGAUUUUUGGCUAUGUAGGUGCCAAUUUGCCUUUAUACUGAAGAAAUUGGGAUAAUGUUUCCAUGCAAUAAUUAGUAAAUGGCUCUUUUGAUUGGCUUAAAAAUUUUCAGUGCUGGUUGGUAUAUUUAACAGCAUAAGAAACUUGUGCCACACUCAGGAUUGUUCAUUUUGCAUGCUACGAGGUACAGGGGGAUAAGUAAGUUCGUGGGAUACCUUUCUUGGCUCGAGUAACAACCAGAACAAUGCAUUAAAUGAUUUUUAUUAAAUAUUUUAUUUCA